CAAAAAUGGAUAAUGGUUGUUUCCCUUCCCCUCGACGCGAUUUUCCUGCUGGUCUGCGAGUUCUCGUCGUGGAUGAUGAUCCAACAUGGCUGAAGAUCCUUGAAAAGAUGCUCAAGAAGUGCAAUUAUGAAGUGACUACAUGUUGUUUAGCAAGACAUGCUCUAAACUUGCUUCGUGAAAGGAAGGACGGAUAUGAUAUAGUGAUCAGUGAUGUAAACAUGCCUGACAUGGAUGGUUUCAAACUUCUUGAGCAUGUUGGACUUGAGAUGGAUCUUCCUGUCAUCAUGAUGUCUGUGGAUGGAGAAACAAGCAGGGUAAUGAAAGGCGUUCAACAUGGAGCAUGUGAUUAUCUCCUUAAGCCUAUAAGGAUGAAAGAGCUGCGAAAUAUAUGGCAACAUGUCUUUAGAAAAAGGAUACAUGAGGCAAGAGAAUUUGAAAGCUUUGAGAGUUUUGAAAGCAUUCACUUAUUGAGAAAUGGAUCAGAGCAGUCUGAUGAUGGGAACCUGUUUGCUAUAGAAGAUAUGACCUCAACGAAGAAAAGAAAAGAUGUAGAUAACAAACAUGAUGACAUAGAAUUUCUGGAUCCAUCUUCCACAAAGAAAGCUAGAGUAGUUUGGUCUGUAGAUCUUCAUCAGAAGUUUGUUAAAGCAGUGAAUCAGAUUGGAUUUGAUAAAGUUGGUCCGAAGAAAAUACUAGAUUUGAUGAAUGUUCCAUGGCUGACUAGAGAAAAUGUUGCUAGCCACUUGCAGAAAUACCGGCUUUACUUGAGUAGGCUUCAGAAAGAAAACGAUCUAAAAUCUUCCUCAAGUGGAAUGAAGCAUUCAGAUUUACCUUCAAAAGAUCUAGCAAGUUUUGGCUUUCAGAACUCGGUAAACAAGCAACAAAAUGAUAUUUCAAUUGACAGCUACAGUUAUUCAGAUGGAACACCACAACUUCAAAGCAUGGAAAGUAAAAGUCAUGAAGGUGAUCCCAAGGGAAUUGUUUCACAGUCCACCACGGCAGAAAAAGGAAGAGCUUUCACUGGUAACAUUACUGAUACAAACCAUGCAGUGUUUGAUUGCACCAUGCCAACACAGUACUCUUGGACUGAAGUUCCAGAAAUGCAACUCAAAAAAGAACACAAGUUCCAGAAAUGCUCCAUGCCAUUACAUGUUAAGCAGCAUCACAUCCAAGUUGAUCAAUCACAACAAUCAAUUGCUUCAAUUAGUUCCACUCCCUCUAUAACGGAGGAAGAGGUUGCUGCUUGUAUAGAAACAAAACCUUUGUUUUCUGAUUACAAGAGUGAUUACACAAGUUCUGUGAGUUCAAAAGGGAGUGCAGUUGACACCUUUCCUAUUCAACCCGGAAGCCUUAUUAUCAAUGGUCAAUCUUCAGAACCAAUUUCCACUACAAAUUUGGGGUUGAAAACGCAGGGAUCUAAUCUCAGUUCCAUUUUGGAUAUGGAGUUUUACCAAAGAAACCUACUUUUGGGAGGUGAGGCAGCUUCUGCACCUUUGGAUGAGGACUUACAUUUCUAUCAGCUACAAGGUGAAUGCUAUAAUAUGAACUUUGGUCUGCAGAAUAUAGGGAUGUGUGAGUAUUAUGAUCCAGGGCUUAUCACUGAAGUUCCAAACCACAUAUACGAUUCAGCAGAUUAUUUAGUAAUAGAUCAAGGUCUAUUCAUAGCAUGAUCAGCCCAGCCCUUUUUUGCAUCUUCAACAAAAAUCAAAAUUCAUGCAUGAAAGGACAAUUUAUUAAUGCUUGUAGUUGCUUGUAGCUAACUACAUGUCUUCAUCUAUUAUUGAAGAAUAUCAACUUCAAAGGGUUGGGUUAUUCUUUUUCCAAUCAUCAAGAAUUUGGAAAAUGCAGCAUGUAUAAAAGUGGAUGAUGAUAUAAAUAUUAAGCUUAAUUAAUAAGCUUGCAUCCUUCUUAUUUUAUUUUAUUCCAGUACUUGCUUUCAAAAGUAUGCAUUGUAACUUCGUGUUGACCAAAAGUAUAAAGGACUGAAUAUUUUUCAAAU